GCACGAGACGACGGCCGCGGUCCUCACCUGGCUCACCUACGCCCUCUCGCAGCACCCGGAGGCGCUCAGGCGUGUGCAGGACGAGAUCGACACCGUGGUCGGCGACCGCUACGCCACCGUCGACGACAUCAAGCGCAUGCCCGAGGUGCAAAAGGCGGACCAGUGGCCCGAGGGUGGAACGGGCGUCGAGGGCGGCUUCGCGCUCGCUCGCGCGAACGACCUCUUCAUCUCGACGUACAACAUGGGCCGCUCGCCCCAGCUGUGGGAGGAGCCGGACGUCUUCGACCCGCAGCGGUGGGACCGGCCGUUCGACAACCCGAACGUCAAGGGGUGGGCGGGCUACGACCCCGCCAAGCGCACCGGCACGGGCAAGAUGAAGCCCGAGGGAGGGCUGUGGGUCGCAAACCUCGAGAUCGCGUCUGACCACGCCAUGAUCCCCUUCGGCGCGGGGGAGCGCAAGUGCGUGGGCGACCAGUUCGCGCUCCUCGAGGCGGCGGUCUCGGUCGUCAUGCUGCUGCGCCGCUUCGAGUUUGAUCUCGAGAUGCCCGACGGGCCGGUGAACCCCGCGAAGCUCGACCCAGACAACCCGGACAAGUCGAUCGGCACGGUCGGCAUGGUCUCGGCGGCGACCAUACACACCGCCACCGGCCUCUUCUGCCGCGUCAAGGAGCGCUUCCCGGGCAGGACGGACUUGCCGCCGCGGCAAGACCCCAACCUCCAGGCGCCCGAGCCGGAGGGGCCUGCCUUGGGGGAGCCCGCGCUCGUACCGUAGAUUAGAGUGUCCCCCCUGCAUUGUGUGUGCGCGGCCCCUCCGACACCCGAGUCACUCACACCUCUGGAGAGUGAUUCUCGACAGCCUGUAGCCCGCGCGCGGCGCUCGAGGCUACACGCGCGCGCACUGCACGGAGCGCUUGUCGUGGCCUCGCUUCCCAGGCAUCUGCAGGUCUGCGCAUGUACCCCCCCCACACACACACCUCCGCCCUUGCGCGCGGCUGAGUCGGGGUCUCGCGGCGCCAUUUUGUUGUACUGUGAGCGAGGUGUUUUUUCUGUGCCUCCUCAGUCUGUGGUAGAGAAAAGAGAGGUACCGCCCGCGCGUGCGGGCGUGGCCAAGCC